AUGAGUCUCAUUACCAUUAAUAAUAAGCUGUCAUUGACCGUAUAUCUGUUAACUAAAACACUUGGUGUCUCUAAAGACAUAACGGAGUUUCAAGCUCAAUCUACCCUAGUGAAGGCAUCGUUUCAAUUGAGAACCAAUGACAUGGAUGAAGAGGUUAAAAACACAUAUAGCAUCAUUGCUAAUGAGAUUGAAAGUCAUAAAUUGUGCUCCAUUAUGAUAUAUCAGGAUGAUAAGGUAAUAGAUCAAGGGAUCUUCAAUUACUACACAGAUUUCCAUAUCUCUAAAGAUUGUUCAUUCCCAAUGGAUCCAGCAACACUACAAAUACCAACCGGGUUUGAUGUGGCAAAAUUAUGUGCCAAAUUUAGUGCCCAUUUGGAAACUUUCCAAGGACUAACGACCAGGAGGGUUACUGAACAACAAUAUCAAUCACAAGAGGUAAGGAAUCCACUGAAUAUUACACCUUUAAACCCUUAUGGAACCACACCAUUAGCAAGCGGGGAAGAUCUAGUUCCUCAUCGUCAACCUCCACCAAUAAUCAACAAACCAUUAGCAGAUUUACCGAAAUUUGAAGAUGAGUAUGAGAUACAUAGGGAUUCCACCAUCUCACCAUUCCCCGGGUUAUCAUUGAAUCCUGCACCAGCUGGUUCAGGUCCAGGUUCACAUAACUACGGAGAUGAUGACUUGUAUCCAACGGGUGAGAAGCACCCAAAUUUAAAUGAUCCAUUGGGUAUGGCAAGACAAAAACCACCACAACCACCAAACAUUGGGGGAACUGGUGGUAUGAUUUUUGAUCCAUUCCAUAACAAGAAUAACGAUAAUGACAAUAAUAAUAAUAACAAGGGACCUGGAUGGAUUCCCGGUGCCAGAUUUGAUGAUCCCUAUGGCAGACCACCGAAUCCACCUAGUGGCGGUAGUGGUAGUGGUGGGUUCUUUAAUGGGUUCAUCUGA